AUGCUUCGCCGUCUCGUGUCUGUGUGCGUGGUGCUAGCGCUAGCGUCAGCGGCGGUCAACGAUGCCCAUAAAGACACUCGAAGCGACAAAACAGACAAAACAGAGUCGCUUUCAGCCUCUUCCGAUGGCUCUUCAUCCCAUUCUUCGGACGCCACUCCGUCGCGUUCUUCAGAUACCUCGAGGUCUUUGAGCCCAUCGACCUUACCGGAGUUCAUAACCGUGCCACUCUCUAUACCUUCAGACGACAUCUACUACAACGCCUACGUCACGGACGACGCGGGAACUUCCAUCGGUGUGCGUGUAGAUCUCGUGCAGCCCGACUUGUGGUUCUUGAACGGCGCAGUCUUGCCAAACUGCAGCACCCUCAACUCCUCUGCGUCCAUAGGCUCUGCCGGUUGCUACGUGGGCGACGCUUUCACGCCCACCACUUCUGCUCCAAGCAGCCUGACAUACAACAUUCCGUACCCGAACGGUAUCUCCGCUCAAGGCUCUCCGUACACUGCCAAUUUGACGAUAGGCGGUGGCGGGGGCCAUUUGGCUUUGGACGAUUUCGGCUUUGUGUUGGCAAGCAGUACAAACAUGCACUCAGGCGGCUUGGGCCUUGCUCCACAUCCGUAUGCACUGGGUCUCUUGGAUGUACUUGUCUCGGAAGGGCUUGUGGCGGGCCACGGCUACUCGAUUUACUUUGGUGGAAAACGUAAUGGCACGAGCGGCAGUUUGCUCUUAGGUGCCGUUGACAAGUCUUUCUAUAGCGGAAGCCUCUACCAAUAUCCUCCCGUAGCAUACACAGGCUGGGAUGAUAAUGGGGAUCAACGUGCGCUUCCCAUUGUGAUGUUGGACAAGAUUAUCUUGUACAACAGUGUCACGCGGCGACAGGCUACGCUUUAUGGUAAUGAAUCCAUUCCUGUGCUUCUAGAUUCGCGUUACGGCUAUUCAUACUUGCCUUUGGAUACGGUGAUACAGCUUGCCGUUCAAACGAACGCAUAUUAUAGUUCCAAGUCCAAUCGGUGGAUUGUGAAAUGCCUGGACAUCGAGGACAGCCAUGCUACUGUCAACCUCACGUUUGGGCCAUUGAACGUGCCUGUCCCCCUUACCUCUCUUCUAGUUGAUGCCAUGAUGGACAACAACUACUUGUAUUUCAGCAGUGGAGACCGUGCAUGCUUCUUGAAUGUAUUGCCCAACACACGUUUGGGAUACACAGCCCUCGGCCUCCCCUUCAUUACGCAGAUGUAUCUCGUAAUGGAUAAUGAUGGGGGACAUGUGGGCAUAGCCAAUAAAAAUGAGGAUGUGGACCUUGAUUAUGAUCUUGAUGAUGAUGCCAAAGCGUUCAAGGGCAAUGCAAGCAAGCUUCUGGUGGGAAACUUUUCUACAAACGUCUCGGCACAAUACAUCCAUUCAGGCACCAUCCCAUUCGCCACACCAGUGACAUACUCAGAAAACAGGACUUUGACGUUCGCCCCUUCUAACAUCACGAACACAGAAUUGAUACCGUCUCGAUUCUCGGCAGUCAUAAUCCAGUCGGGCGAAAUCUAUAUAACGGUGCCAGACUCCUAUACUGAGAAGAACAGCAGCUCAACUCCUGCAAGCACAUCCAAGUCUGAUGGCAUGGCCAUAGCAUACUCUUCGCGCAACUUGUCGCCUAUAUUCUGGGCCAUACUUUUGGCGGGCUUACUGCUUGGUAUAUGCCUCUCGUAA